AUGGCGAAGAGAAAGAAUUCCGAAAAAUCACACAGUGAUCGAAAACGCCAUAAGUUAGAUGAUAAAGACUUGCAGGAUAUUGUGAACAUGGUAAGAUUUAAUAAUACCCGAGUUGAAAUUACACCGCAAAAUAUUGUAGAUAUUGCCAAAAUGGUUCGCGAAAAUCGUGUUCAAAAACAAACUACAAAAACAUCGCGUGGAAAACGAAACUAUAAUAUAGAAAAUAGAGAUAUUCAAGAAAUUGCCAAUCUUGUAGAAAGAAAUAAAAAACAACAACAAGUUCCGAAAAAUGCUUUUCGUGUUGAUUUAUUACGGACACAUCGUCGCUUGGGUUAUAAUGAAUAUGUUUAUAGUGUUAGAAUAGGUGCAGGAAAUAUAACGACACUUCCUGAAUUUUAUAAUUCUCUUACAGAUAUAUUUAGUUAUUUAAUUAAUACAAUGAAUUUUAUAGCUAGUUCACCUACGGAUAAAGCACGUUUUUACAUCUCAAAAGCACCUCGUACUCCUUUUUCUACGGCUAUUUUAAAUGUUUCUGAUUUUAAUACGGAAAUGUUUUUUGAUAUUUUUGAAAAGCAUAUGCAAAGUAAUGCACAAGAGGUAAUUGAUGGUGGUUGGAGUACAACCGUUUCAUUGUAUAUUUUUCCCAAUAGUUAUGUACCGCGAGCGACCAGAGAAACAGUCAAAAAGAAAAAAAUUUAUAGAUCAUUGGGUAAAAAUGGUACGGAUGUAGGUCGCGGUCGAAAAAAAAAAUUAGUACAAAAACAUGGUCGUGAAAUUCGUAGCGGUGUUUUUCAAGUGGUUUCUAAAUCCGAUUGUUGUUUUGCCUUGGCACUAUUGACGGGACGCUCAUUCAUCGAUAAAGAUGAACGACAUGAUAAAUUAAAUCUUAAUCGUAAUACACCGCUUGACUCACUUUAUACAGACGACGAAAUUACUGACGUUUACGAACAAUGUGGAUUAGCCGUGGGGGGUGUCUGUAUUAAUGAAUUGCCUGUUGUUUACGAACGAUAUUUAGCACAGCAUGAUAUUGAUUUAGUUGUUUUUUCCAAGAAUAAUAAUGAUGAUAUUGUAUACGAUUCGCGUAUGCGGGGUACAGACAAAAUUUGUGUUAUGAAUACUAAAAUUAUAUUUUUAUGGCUUAAUGAUAAACAUUAUGAUUUAGUGUUAUCGCCGAAUACUUUUUUACAUAUGUCUGCAGGAAGAUUUUGUUUUAAAUGCAUGACCUACUUAAAACAUUGGGAACACUCCCAGACGCAUGUUUGCCGUACAUCUUUUUCAUGUUUAAAGUGUUAUGGCGGGGGUGAAAAAUGUCCGGACGAGGAAGGAUUUUUUAUUCAAUGUCCACAAUGUUUUGUAAAUUUUAAAAAUCGUGAUUGUUAUGCCACACAUCUUACAAAAAGAAUUUUUAAAAAGGGUCGGGAAAAAGGCUAUAGUGUAACACCGUGUCAGCAUAUGUUUUUUUGUUCAACGUGUUAUAAAAAAGUACCGCGUAUGACUGUCAUGGGGGGGAAAAAAACAACAGCUCAUAAUUGUGAUAUGGUCUAUUGCAAACAUUGUAAUGCGGUUAAAAAAAAAACACACAAAUGUUUUAUGAAAGUGAUUACGCCACCUAAAAAACCGGAUUUACCCACACUUUAUUUUUUUGAUUUUGAAACACGUCGAGAUGAUGAGGGCUAUAUGAUUCCUUUUUAUGCUGUAAUUCAAAAAGUGUGUGAAUCUUGUGAUGAAAUACCUUUUGUGCGAAAUAGUGAACAGUUUGUACCGCAUGCUGAAGAUGUAACGUGUGAUAUUUCCGUAGACUGUGUACCCUGUUGCGGUUAUAGACAAUAUAUUUUAGAAAAACAAAAUGAUUGCAUUACGAAACAAUUUAUUGAUUUUAUGUAUGCUCAACCUAAAAACAGUGUAUGGAUUGCUCAUAAUGGGGGUCGUUUUGAUACGGGUUUUUUACUUCGAGAAUUAUUAGUGGAAAGAAAUAUUGUACCCCAAUGUAUUAUGAAUGGGAAUAAAAUUAUGUGUAUGGAAUUAGAAGAUCGAAAUUUAAAAGUAUUAGAUAGUUUUUUAUUUUUAAAUAUGGGGUUAAAAAAAUUUCCCGAAGCAUUAGGUAUUCCUGAUAUUUGUAAAGGGUUUCAUCCGUAUCUUUUCUAUGAUUUAAAUUAUGUGGGGCCCAUGGUGGGUUUGGAAUAUUUUGACCCACCGUCUGAGGGAACUGAUGAACGUGAUAAUUUUGACGCGUGGUAUGAAGAACAAAAAAAAAAACCUUAUGUUUUUAAAGAGGCCAUGUAUUAUUAUUGCCGUCUGGAUGUGGAUAUACUUCGACAGGGUUGUAUUAUAUUUGCACGAUUAAUUAAAAAUAUAACGAAUGUAUUUCCAUUUUACGAUAAAACCUGCCAUACAAUUGCAGGCCUUGCAUUGAAAGUAUAUCGUACUAAUUUUUUAAAUGAAGAAACUAUAGGUCAAAUACCCGCACAAGGAUAUGGGGGGAAUAUUAAUCAAAGCGUAAUUGCCCUCUAUUGGCUACGAGGUGUUGAAAGCGAUUUAGGAUUAACAUUGUAUAGUAAAUUACAUCCAGAGGGAGAACAAAGUAUUGCCGGUCAUUAUGUUGAUGGAUAUUGUCCUGUAACAAAAACCAUCUAUCAAUUUCAUGGAUGUUUUUUUCACGGGUGUGAGGAAUGCUAUAAUGGGGAAUUAUUUAAUGAGGUUGUUAAUGAAAAAUUCUAUACAUUACGAGAACGAACACGACGUAUUACCGAGAAAUUUGAAAGUCAAGGGUAUAAAGUAAUUGAAAUGUGGGAGUGUAAUUUUUUAACAGCAAAUAAUUUUACUAAAAAUACUAUUGCCCAAUUAAGAGAGAAAGAUUUUUUUAGGAAUAUUAAUCUUAAUCCACGAGAUGCUUUAUUUGGGGGUCGAGUUUCACCGGCAGUAAUGUAUGUGGGGGAAUGUGAAAAUAAAAUACGGUAUUAUGAUUUUACUUCCCUCUAUCCCUUUGUUCAAAAAAUUAAUGUAUUUCCAGUAAAACAUCCUGUAAUUACGCGUGGUAUUGAAAAAUGUAGUAAACUAAAUUUGGGGUUUAUAUUUGGUUUGAUUAAAUGUAAAAUAUUACCACCUACAAAUUUACUAUUUCCUGUUAUACCCUAUCGAACGACUAAAUUAACAUUUCCAUUAUGUCGUACUUGUGCGGAUAAGUUGUGUAAUGUGUGCACACAUAACGAAGAGGAACGUGUAUUAUACGGUACAUGGACAAGUCUUGAAAUACAAGAAGCCUUGAAACAUAAUUAUAAGGUCAUAGAAGUUUACGAAGUUUAUCAUUAUAAUGAGCGUGAGAAAAUUUUUGACACAUAUGUCAACACUUUUAUGAAAUUAAAACAGGAAAGCAGUGGGUUACCUAAAAAUUGCUAUGAUGUUCAAGGAAAUGUAGAUAAAAAAAAAGUCGAUGAUUAUGUAAAGGAAUAUUUGAAACAUGAAGGUGUGCAAUUGGACGCUAGUAAAAUUUGUUAUAAUCCCGGUCAAAGAACGGUUAUGAAAGCGUUAUUAAAUUCUUUAUGGGGUAAAUUAGCACAAAAUGAAAAUGUUCCCGUAGUGUCGUUUAUUGAUCGUUUUCAUGAUUUAUUAGAAUUAGUUAAUGAUUCCAGUAUUGAAGUAACCUCAUUAGAUUUUAUAAGCGACGAUGUAGCACGUACAACUCAUCGAAAACUUUCGUCUUUAGUAACUUUACCGAAUAGAAAUGUUGUUAUUGCGGCCUUUGUCACAGCGUAUGCACGUUUAGAAUUAUUUAAAGUGUUACAUAAAUUAGGUUCGGAUGUUUUAUAUUACGAUACGGAUUCGGUCAUCUAUGUGGAGAAUAUUGAAAAGGGACAUGUUUUAAAAACUGGGGAUUAUUUAGGACAAUUGACUGAUGAAUUAUAUGAUAAAAAAGCAAAAAGUGAAAAAUGGAUAGAAAUGUUUUGUGCAACAGGCCCAAAAUCCUAUUCGUAUCGUACUAAUGAAUAUAUUAAUAAAGAUGAUGAAAAAAAACGUGAUGAAAUUGUUCAUGUGAAAGGUUUCUCAUUAAAAGGGGAUACUAAAAAGAAAAUUACAUUUGAUAGCAUUGAACAAUGUGUCGAGGAUCGAAGUAAAAAAAUUACAACUUUUUAUACGGAAUUUACACGCUCCAAUAAUCAAACCAUCAAUGUUCAAAAAGUAGAGAAAAAAUUUAAAUUCACAUUUGAUAAACGUAUUAUUCGUGAUGAUUUUACAACCGUACCAUACGGGUAUAUUAAAUGA